AUGUGGGGUGAAAGUUUCUCUGGGCCACAGGAGCCCCCUACCCGCCCUGGGUUGAGCGACGGUUGUGAUGCUGGGCUCCCCACGUCGGAGCUCUCCGAGAACAUCAUCUUCCUCCUCACUGGACAAAGAUGGAUUGUGGUCAUCGGACCCUUCAGAGAACUCUCCAACAUCAGCCUUCAAAUCUUCAGCCUCCUCUCAACGCCCGACAGCUGCACAGGUUGGAGCUCCUUCAUCAUGCUCAGCCUCCUGCUGUGUCUCUCGGCCCUGGCACCUCUGGCCGGGGCUGUGACGUUGUCAACAGACACUACAAAUAUUGACAUCUCAGCUUGUCCCAUCAAGUACUUUGGUGCUGGGCCAUAUUCUUCUUUUGAUGUAGCAUUUCUCGCUCAAGUCUCUGGACCCAGACGUUUCUCAAUUAUUUUCAACGCAGGAUUAAACGAUCUAAUUUAUUCACCACCUAUCGCUGUACCUCAGUCACUUGAUUAUGACAUUGUCACUGAUGUCACUGAUGCGAGUUUGGCCGCUGUUUUGGCAACGCUUGAGGGAAAGAUCAGCCGUCUUCCUGCUGCUUCUGCUGUGUGUGCCAUUAAAUUCAGCGGCACAUUCAGAGGAGCAGGUGAGUUAUUGAUCGUCAGCUACAAUAUAGAUGGGACAGAUCAGGCAGCUGCAUAUAUGUCUGCUGAUCUUGAAGGGAAUGAUGUGUUUAUCUUUUAUUUCAAUGGUGGUGGAUAUGUGACCACGGCAUCAUCAGGAACAGCUGGAGCUCAGACAGACUCUCAGGACCUCACUCGUUGCAGAGCGGGCUUAGGUAAAAGCUAUAAGGUUGAUGAGGAGGUGAGACGUGACUCUGACACCUGCAGCAUCGAGUCGUGUUUAGCCUCUGGUGAUUUUCAAUCCAGAAGCAUUUGUGCCACAGAUCAAGUCUGUAUGGGCAAGCAUGUAUGUGGCAGUGAACACUCCUGCUCCAUUGUGGCCAACAGCGUGGUGGCUGUAAGCGGUGCAACUGCUGUUAUUCCUGAUUUUUGUGCCUAUGACAUCGUCUCAGGAGAUGGAUUGGUCGUAACCGCAAUACUCAGAGAGCGCCGCUACAAAGACACCCCCUUCGUGGACUCAGUAAAGAUCAGUACAACCUCUGGAGGAACAGACAUUGUUACUCUGCUCCAGGGAGGAAAAGCAGAACUGAAGGAGUCUACUGGGACUACAGAUUUGACCCUCAGCUCGACUGUAAAAACCCAGAUAGGCUUAAGCCUGUACGACCACGGCAAUGGACCAUUGGCCUCUUUUACUGACAGCGACGGCAUCAUCACUGAGAUUUUCUUUGAGGGCACCUUACUGCAUGUGAAACAUACAGUGCCAAGUGGAAAAACUGCAUACACAGAUGGUGUGUGUUUUGAUGCCACUGAUAUCACUGGUGAGAAGGUCAACACCUACUCUUCAUCCAGUUGUGGCUCCAUCGUUUCGGACUCUCGAGGUGAUGGGAUUACCUGCUCCAACAAACAAAACCCCCCCUACGUCAAAGCCUGCGCUGACAACCUGCUGUGUGGCUAUCAUGACGGCGACGAUCUCUACUGCCGCUUUAAGCAAGCCUACGCCCGCACCGCCGACCUCGACUCCUACGAUUGCUCUGCCUCAGUUUGUUUGUUUCAUGAGUGUGCAUCUCAUGAGUUCUGUGCCGUGGCGCUCAGUGGAGAUGCUGCCUGUUUCUGCAGAAGUCUAAACGAAAUACUAAACGGGUUUCGAGAUGACGGCACAUAUGGACCUGAUGCCACUUGUGAUGAUGGCACCGCCUCUGUAAGCCUGAUUGGCUGUUUAUUGGUGGAAGAGGACGUUAACCUUGAUGAUCUACAUCUGAAAGAUGACACCUGCACUGGACAGUCAAAUGGAAAUAUUUUGCUGUUUACAUUUGACACACAGAACCCAUGUGGUGCAACUUCUACGGUUGCAGGCGAUAAAAUCCAAUUUGAUAACGCAAUCCAGAACACCAUCGACGGCCAGAUCACUCGUGAAAACAGUGUGAAUAUCAAAUUUUCAUGCUCGUUUGAGAAGGAGUUGGACUCCACCACAGCUUUCAGCUUCCAGAUUAAAGACGGCUCUAUAACUCAGGAAUACACAGCAGGAGACUACACCUUCCCUCUGACCAUCUCCGUAUACAGUGAUGCAGCCAUGACCGAACAACUGAGCGCAGACGCUCAACUGGAAAUAAACCAGAAGGUGUACGUGAAGCUGGAAGCUACGGAUCUGGGUGACAGUGGCCUGGUACUGGUCAUUAAUAAGUGCUUCACCACAACUGAUAAUGACCCAGAAGGUGCAAAUGUAUAUAGCCUCAUCGACGCCAACUGUCCAUCUCCCACUGACGGAACUGUUCUGACGGCAACUGUGAACCGGACUGCCAAAGUCCCUGAAAGAGAUAACCCGGGUCACAUUCUCAACAAAGUUGUGACCAUGACAACCCACCGGCUUCAGACCCCUGCAAUGGAUUUGGACUUUGGAAAACCUGGAUUUUGA